AUGUUAUCAUCAUCCCCAACUUCAAUUUUUUUGUUCUCAACACAAGUUCAACUUUCACCAUCUUCAACAUCAGUUCCACUAUCAUUUGCCUCUUUAAUUAAAGGAAAGAAAGUAAGAGAUAAAGUAAUUGAAGGUAUAGAAGUCAGAGAAAUUAAUGUAGAAAAUAAAAAUGAAAUGGACGAUGAUGUAGAAAUUAUGGAAAUUGAUGUAGAAAAUGAAGAUAUACAGAAUGGAAAUAUAAAAAGCAGAACUGAAGUUCAUAGAUUGGUGGAUAAAGAUAUGGUUGACAAACCAGAUUUGCAAAAUAAUAAUUUAACACAUUCUCUUAAUCUUUAUUUGCUAAUUAAGAUUAAAGAUAAAGAAAGUGCUAUACAAAGAGUUAAACAAUAG